UAGAGUUCGGAGGAGGAGGAGAAAGAUGGCAGCCUCCUUGUGGCUGAGCUGCAGUGGUGGUAGAAGGAUGAUAAACCUGCUCCUAGGCAGGAAUUUAGCACGAGGGGGUCUUGCUUCUCUGCCUCAUGCAGUGGGCUGGAGGUUUCUGCAUAAGACCGGGGAGCUCCUGGGUACCCCUGCUGUUAAAAUCCUCAUGCCUGCACUUUCACCCACCAUGGAAGAAGGAAGCAUAGUGAAAUGGCUGAAACAGGAAGGAGAAACUGUGAAUGUUGGAGAUGCAUUGUGUGACAUUGAAACAGACAAAGCAGUUGUUACCAUGGAGUCGAGUGACGAUGGCAUCUUGGCUAAAAUAAUGAAGGAAGAAGGAAGCAAAAAUGUACGUCUAGGCACAAUCAUUGGCUUGCUGGUAGAAGAGGGAGAAGACUGGAAGCAAGUUGAAAUACCAAGUGACACAGCUGAUGCACCUUCCUUGUCUCCAGCAGCAGCGGCGGCAGCCCCUUCUCCUGCCACUGUGUCUCCUGUGCCUAAAAAAAUGGAACAGCAGCCUGGAAAACUACACUUUCGUUUAAGCCCCGCAGCCCGCAAUAUUCUGGAGAAACAUGGACUUGAUGCGAGUCACAGCAGUCCUUCAGGCCCUCGAGGAAUCUUCACUAAGGAGGAUGCUCUCAAGCUUCUUUAUCAAAAACAGAAGGGGAAAUCCAUUGAAGCAAGACCGGUGGUUUCAUCACUCCCUACACAGCCAACUGGAGUGCCUUCAGCCCUGCCAUUAGCAAGCAUGCCUCGUCCUGCCAUUCCUCCAGUUUCUAUGCCAGGACAACGUGCUUCCAUGGGUGCAUUCACUGAAGUCCCUACUAGCAACGUUAGAAGAGUUAUUGCUAAGAGAGUAACAGAAUCGAAAACUACUAUACCUCAUGCAUAUGUUACUGCUGACUGUGACCUUGGUGCUGUUUUGAAGCUUAGGCAAGAGCUCGCAAAAGAUAACAUUAAAGUAUCAGUAAAUGACUUCAUUAUCAAAGCAACAGCAUCUACCCUCAAACAAAUGCCAGAUGUGAAUGUGAUCUGGGAUGGAGAGGGCCCCCGGCAGCUGCAAUCUGUAGACAUCUCAAUUGCUGUAGCAACAGACCAAGGUUUCAUUACACCAAUUAUAAAAGAUGCAGCAACCAAGGGAGUUCAGGAAAUUGCUGCUUCUGUGAAGGCGCUAGCAACAAAAGCGAAAGAUGGAAAAUUGCUACCAGAAGAAUACCAAGGAGGAUCUUUCAGCAUUUCAGAUCUUGGCAUGUUUGGCGUAAGCAGCUUCAUUGGUUCUGUAAACCCUCCUCAAGCCUGUUUCUUAGCUGUGGGACGAACUCGAAUGGAACUUGGGGUUGUGGUGGAUGAAGAAGGGAAUGAGAGACUGCAGCAACACCAACUCAUGACAGUGACUCUGUCCAGCGAUGGCCGAAUGGUGGAUGAUGAACUUGCUUCAAAAUUUCUGAAAAGCCUUAAAGCUAACUUGGAGAAUCCAGUCCGUCUUGCCUUGUGUUGAAGCAAUGACAUGUUAAUGGUCUUCUUAGCAAAAGUAUGGAAACUGAAUAAGAAAAGGAAACAAAAGAAAGCCAGGUAAAAAAAAAAUAGGGAGAUAAAAACUUAGCAUGACAUAGACAAUGACUUAUUUAUUUGAAUGAACUUGAAAGAAUUCUUUAAAAAUUCAAGAUUCUCUCCUUGGCUUUUGUAUAGUGAUAUAUUGUUAAACGUAUUGAAUCAAACUUGUUAAGAGCAAUUGCACAAUGUGCUUUAAUACAUAAGGUGGUUGUUUAGUUACUUGAAGGUAUAUAUGAAGAGUAGUAAAAGGGCAUGAACUCGACAUUUCUUCCAGAGUGAAGAGACCAGCGUGUAUUCAGGCAACAGGAUAUAAAUCUCACCAGCCUUUGACGCCAGGAGGUAUCUAGUCUGUAUCAUUGAUGCAACUAUUUCAGUUGAAAGAAAGAGUUCUGUUAGAAGAUGGACUAUUUUUAUCAACUUUGCUAGCAAGUCCAUAUGAAUUUUCCAUACACUGUAGAUGUAUUGGAUAACAGUAAACAGGAAAUAAAAAUUAGAAUGCUGACUUAAUUUGCGAGUGAUUAUAAAUGGGGGAAAUGUGCAUAUAUAGUUUAUAACAAUUAAUGUCUAGUGCUGUCUUUAAAUUGUACAUUAGUAUUAAAAACAAAGAAUUUAAGUACAUAUUGCACAUGAUGUCAACCUGUGAUUCCUUGGUAAUCUUUAUCAUUCCGACUUUUCACUACUGGUCUUGCUGACAGUUAUGCUCCAGUUGUCUUUUAAAACCUGCUGGACUCGUACAGAUGUAUAUCCAUACAAAAGUUCAAGUUUUAUACCUGGUUUUAUAACACACAGCAUUACUGAUUUGGUUUCCUUCAAAAUGAAAUCUGUGCCUUUGGUUGAAUUGUCUUUUCCACAUUUCUUGAGGAGUAAAUUCAAACCACAGAAGACCUGGAGGUUAUAAGACUUGCAUUCUGAACGUAAUUGUUAUAUACAAUAUAUGUGUGUUUGUUCAUUUUACCCAGCAGUAUAAAUUUUCU